AUGUGUACUCUUAGUUCCUGCCUUCGACACGACGCUGCUUCUAUUUGGGCUCAUUUACUGCCUGUUCUUGAUCAAGUUAUGGAACUAAAUCACUUUGUAGAUACAAUUCAUUUCUUAUCCGACUCUCCGUCGUCUCAAUAUAGAAACAAAUACAUGUUUUAUAUUAUCAGCCAAUUGUCGUCUCACCACUCCAGCAUAACCAGAAUAACCUGGAAUUACUCCGAAGCUGGGCACGGAAAGGGUGCCCCUGAUGGUAUUGGCGCUACCGUAAAAAGACUAGCAGAUCAAUGGGUUCAUUUUGGUUCAGAUGUUGGAAAUUUUGAACAAUUUUACAAAAUCAUAGAAUCAAGAUUAGAAAAUGUUAUAAUUAAAAAAGUUUCAGAGGAAGAAAUUAUUCAAAGGGAGAAAUUGAUUCCCGAGCAGUUGAAACCCUUCAGAGGCACCCUCUCUGUGCAUCAAGUUCUUUGGGACCUUUUUACACCAAAAAUUACAAUGAGAAGUAUGAGUUGCUUUCUAUGUGACGUUGGUGAAAUUUGCAACCAUGGAAAGCAUCUAGGGUAUAUUAUCAACAGUAAUUAUGCCAUUAAUAAAAACACUAUUACUGACGUAACUUCUUAUAACAUAGUUCCAUUGGCAAAAACUAAACGCAAAUUUACAAAUCAGAACAAAAUCAAGCUUAUUUCUGAUAUUCUUAUUGAUGUCACCAAUAAGACUACACAUCAGUAA